GUGUCCGGCUCAGCGCAGUGCCUCGGGCCGGCAGCAGGUCAUCGACAUGUCGGCCUUGCAGGCCCCGCAGGACGGGCAGGAUGCCGGCGAUCCCCCCGAGGACCUCCGCAGCGUCCUGGUCACGAGCGUGCUCAACCUCGAGCCGCUGGACGAAGAUCUCUUCAGAGGAAGGCAUUACUGGGUACCCACAACCCAGCGGCUGUUUGGGGGUCAGAUUGUGGGCCAGGCCCUGGUGGCUGCAGCCAAGUCCGUGAAUGAAGACGACCACGUGCACUCUCUGCACUGCUACUUUGUUCGGGCAGGGGACCCGAAGGUGCCAGUGCUGUACCAGGUGGAGCGGACGCGAACAGGGGCAAGCUUCUCUGUGCGCUCUGUGAAGGCCGUGCAACAUGGCAAGCCCAUCUUCAUCUGCCAGGCCUCCUUCCAGCAGACGCAGCCCAGCCCCGUGCAGCACCAGUUCUCCAUGCCCACUGUGCCUCCACCGGAAGAGCUGCUUGACUAUGAGGCCCUCGUUGACCAGUAUCUAAGGGACCCUAACCUCCAAGAGAAGUACCGAGUGGGGCUGAACCGAAUUGCUGCCCGGGAGGUGCCCGUUGAGAUCAAGCUGGUAAAACCACCCACCCUGAGCCAGCUGGAGAGCAUGGAGCCCAAACAGAUGUUCUGGGUGCGAGCCCGGGGCUAUAUUGGGGAGGGCGACAUCAAGAUGCACUGCUGCGUGGCUGCCUACAUCUCGGACUAUGCCUUCCUGGGCACAGCGAUGCUGCCCCACCGGUGGCAGCAUAAGGUGCACUUCAUGGUCUCCUUGGACCACUCCAUGUGGUUCCACGCCCCUUUCCGAGCUGACCACUGGAUGCUCUAUGAGUGCGAGAGCCCCUGGGCUGGUGAGUGUGGGGCCACGUGGGACAAGGGCACUGACCUUGGGGUGGCAGGCAGCCUCCACUUCCUGUGGGGCACUUCACAGGUCAUUUCCUCUCCUGCCCUCCUAGGCUUUGGCAUCCUUGUCUUCAAAAUGAGAGUGAGAGGCAGGACAGGACACCUGCUCAGCUCUUAAUUUCUGUUACAUGCUGGGAAGAAGAUUUACUUGAUCUCAGAGACCCAGUUCAGAUUCUCCAUAUGAUCUCCGACAAGUCCCAUCUCCUCUCUAAGCCUGUUUCCCUAUCUAAGCAAAUAAGGUCACGUUAGAACAGUGGUAUCCAAACCUGGUGGCCCAUCAGACUGCCACUUGGGGGAGCUUUUUCAAAAUAGAUUCUCAGAUUCCACCCCCAAGAUUCUGACUCAGCAGGUCUUGGAUGAGGUCCAGGAAACUAUUUUUAAGAAGCUCCCUAAGUGACUCUGACGAUUAAGCUGGUUGGGGCUCAGGGCACUCAACAGCCUCUAAGGCACCCACUCCUUGGACACUCCUGGUGGUGGACAGAGAGAAACCCAGACUCCUCCAGC